CCGGCUCUCCAUGCAGAUCCUCGGCAACAGCGACAGCAUGUGGAGGUGGGCGGAAGCCGCGGACCGGGUGCUGAGCGCCCGGGACCAGCGGCGCGAGCCGGUGGGCGGCGCCGUCUCGCCGGACAUCUCCAGCGACGAGGAGCCCGAGCAGGGAGAGCCGGCCGCCACGCAGCUGGUCGUGCUCACCGACAUCCAGGGUCCCCUCGGUAUCCACGUGGUGUCCGAGUGUGACGCGGGCGGCUGGGACGGCGGCGUGCUGGUGCAGCGGGUGGAGGCGGGCGGCGCCGUGGACAGGGACGGACGCAUCAGGGUCGGCGACCGCAUCUCCCAGAUCAACGGCCACAGUCUGGCCGGCUGCAGCUUCCAAAGGGCGCAGGAGCUGUUCACGAUGGCCAUGAGCCAGGGCGAGCUGCGGCUGACAGUGAGCGCCGCCGCCGCCCGGCCGCCGGCGCCCGUCUUCCCGGCCCGGCGGUCACGCUCCCACACGCCCGUCGACGGCGUCGCGCCCGAGGAGAAAGUCGGCUCGCGAGUGGCCACGGUGACGCCGACCAAGAAGGUGCCGGCCUCGCUGUCGUCGCGCACGCAGAACGUGAUGCUGACGUCCAACACGCGCAAGCUGGGCCGCCGGCUGUCGGUGGCGCUGGUGAAGGGCGCCGCCGGCCUGGGCUUCAGCGUGACCACGCGCGACAACCCGGCCGGCGGCCACGCGCCCGUCUACGUCAAGAACAUCCUGCCCAAGGGCGCCGCCAUCGAGGACGGCCGGCUGCGGCCCGGUGACAGGCUGCUGGAGAUCGACGGCGCGGCCGUGACCGGACUCAGCCAGCAGCAGGUGGUGCAGAUGCUGCGCGCCGUCGUGCCCGGACAGCCGGUCGAGCUGGUGCUCUCGCGACACGAGCAGCCCGACGACAAGAAGGCCGACGAGGCUAGUCCCCGGCUGCCCCGGCCGCUGGCGAGCACCGCACCGCCUGCCGAGAAAACAACAUGGACAAAGCCGCCGGAGCCGGCGCAGGAGGAGCCGGCCGGCGUCACCGACAAGGAGGUGCUCGUGUUCGACAUCCCCGUGCACGACUCGGAGCGCGCCGGGCUGGGUGUCAGCGUCAAGGGCAAGACGACGCCGGGCAAGAACGGCCCCGUGGACGUUGGUAUCUUCAUCAAGAGCGUCAUCCACGGCGGCGCAGCAAGCAAGGACGGCCGGCUGCAGCACAACGAUCAGCUGAUCGAUAUAAACAAUAGCGCCCUGCUCGGCCUUAGCAACGGCCAGGCGAUGGAGACGUUGCGGCGCGCCAUGUGCCAGGAGGGCCCGAGGCCUGGGGUGAUCACGCUGACGGUGGCUCGGCGGAGGGACGCCGCUCUCAGCAAUGGCCGCGAGUCGGCCAGCAGCCUCAUCUCCAGCUCGUCAGGCGAGGUGUCGGCGUGGCGCGGCCCGGAGCCGGCCGCCGCCGACGGCUCGGAGGUCACCAUCACGCACCGACGGGCGCCGCCGCCGGUGCCGGCCGAGCCGGCGCCGCCGCCCGGCAGAAACCCCGUCAUCGACCGUCUCACCGGCCGGAACAACAUGCGCAACGACAGCUACUACAUGGCGACGCACGGCUCGUGGGCGGACGCGCCGGAGCGGCAGCAGCAGCAGCAGCAGCAGCGGCUGCCGCCGGCCGAGCCGGAGCGGGGCGCGCCGCCGCUCUGCCCCACCGUCAACAUGCCGUCCGGCGACACGGUGCUGAUCGAGACGGACCCGGCGCCGGCCUCGCUCGCCAGCCAGCAGAGCGACUCCAACACGGACGUGGCCUACGCCAGCCAGACGUCGCUGGAGCAGGCGGGCGUAGGUUUUACCCGCGAUCAACUGGGUCGCCAGUCCAUCAGCGAGAAGCGGCACGCGUCCAAGGACGCCAAGAGCACGGACACGUACCAGCGCACCAAGCGGGCGCGCGAGGAGCGCGAGCAGCAGCGCCGCCUGCUGGAGGCCGAGCUGCGGCGGGAGGAGGCGCACGACGGCCGGCCGCCAGACGACGUCGGUCCCAGUCUGGGCAUGAAGAAGUCGUCCAGCCUCGAGUCGCUCCAGACCAUGGUGCAUGAGCUGGCGCUGGCCGAGGAGGGCGAGCGGUCGUACCCGCACCGCGGCCCCGUGAAGGUGGUGCGCGGCCGCGGCUGCAACGAGAGCUUCCGCGCCGCCGUCGACCGCAGCUACGAAGCGCCGCUGGGCGACGACAACGGUGACGUCAUGGAAACCGUGGACGAGGAGGCGGCCGGGCCGGACGCCGGCGGCGCCCUCUUCAGCCGGGACCGCACCGCCCGCCAGAGCUCGCUCAGCUCCGGCGCCGUCGAGGGCAAGAAGGCCAAGCGACGCUCGGGUCUGCUCAGGGGACUCGGCAGCAUGUUCAGGUUCGGUCGGCACCGCAAGAGCAGCGAGACGUCUGGUCCGCCGCCGCGGAUGACGGCUGACGAGCUGCGCCAGCAGCAGGACGAGCUCAACAGGAUCGCAGCGCGGCGCCGAGCCGAAGACGAGCAGCGCCGCAUCCAACAGCAGUACCAGCGGCUGGUACAGCAGCAGCAGCAGCAGCAGCAGCAGCAGCAGGCCCAGCAGCAGCAGCAGCAGCAUUCGCACAGACCGGCGCCUCAGCCGCCCCCGCCGCCGCCGCCGCCCGAGAGGACGGCCAGUCGUCCGGAGCGGGUGCAGCAGCUGCGCGAGCAGCACCAGCGUCGCCACGCCGGCCGCCAGGGCGUGUACCGCACCGAGACGGCCGAGGAGCGGGCCGAGCAGCAGCUCAGGGAGCGGGCGGAGGAGCCAGGACCGCCGGCCGUCUGGCGCGGCACCCCGGACCCGUACGACUCGAUGCGCCGGCCCGGCAGUCGGACCGGCCUGGCCGAGCCCGGCCCACGCUACGUGCACCACCCCGGCUACGAGGAGGCGCAGUACGGUCCGCGGCCCAAGCGCUGGAGUGGGCAGGUACUGCUCGAGCAGCUGGAGGCCCAGUUCCGGGCGGACGCCAGCCGGCAGCACCAGGUAUAUCACUCGCAACGCGGCGGAAGGGUGGAGCCUCGGCCUGGUGAUCGACCAAUCGGCAGCUUCUACGAGUACGAGUCGGUGCAGGCGAUGAUGCGAUUGGGUGGCGGCAUGGGCGGCGGGGAGCAGUACUCCAAUCGCUCGCUGCCACGUCACCACGAGCGGAUUCGGUCCGUGGCAGCACACCCGCAGCCCGGCCACGUUCUGAAGCACGCCAUAUCUGCCGGGCCGGGCGUCAGCCGCCGGCCGCAGCCGCUGGGUAUCCCGACGCCGGCGCUGGGGCCUCCGUACGGCCGGCGCGGAUCGGAGGGCGUGCUGCGCGGCCCGCACCGGCCGCCGCCGCUCAGCCCGCCUGGAAGCCGCGUCUGAGGCCAGCGACAUCUAGUGACCGACACGCCGACUCCAGUUGUACGCGACCCCCGCGUAACUGUCGCGCUGCGUGGCCGAUCCUGCCAGAAACCGAUUUUAGCCGUCGCGAUCGAGUGAACGGGUGCGAUUCGUCCGCACCGUGACAUUCCAGAACAUUCCUCUGCGUCACAGCGCGCAGCGCAGGGCUGUGCAGGUGUUUUACACUUGGUACUAUACACUGAGGCGGUGGACUAUUUUGUACGCGAGUUUACACGGCGGCGGCGCGUGCCGCCGACCAACCGACCGCCCGUAUCGUGGCGUCCAAUAUACCGCUGGCCGGGGCCGGCGUCGCUACGCGAACGUUCCGUCCUGAGGGGCCUUUGUCUCGGGCGCCGGGCGCCGCCCGCCGGCGCGCGGCCGGGGCUGGGCUCCAUGCCGCCCGCCGGCGCGUUGGCGGCGAGUCUGACGCAGCGUCUUCCGCGCCGGCCUGUGGCGGCGUCUCGACGCGCCCCCGUGGUGCGUGUCACUUGUUCCUGGCGACGCGGCGCGCUGCAUCGC